ACUUUUCCGUUAAAAGCAAAACACAAUUCGAAAGUUGAAAAGUGAAGCUAAAAUGCCGCCAAAGAAGGCAAAGAAAGGGGCGGGGUCGAAGAAGAAGGAGGAGGAGCAGGAGAACCAACCACAGCCACCGAAUGUGUUCCUGUACAUCCAGCUGGCGGUCAUCGCCAACACGCCCCGCACGCAGCAUCCGCUGGAGAUUCACAUUAGUCAAGGUGGCAGUUUGCUGGUGAAGUGCGACGAGCACUACAACACCGAUGGAAUCAUUGUGCAGGAGGAGUUCCACUCCAAGCCCACGUUCACGCUCAUCUUCCAGCAGGACAACGUGGACCGGAUCAACCAUGCCGCGGACAAUCCGCUCCUCAUUCAGCUGUACAUGCGCGUCUUUCCGCCGCGAAGGGACAUUCCAGUGGCGUACGAGAUGCUGGAGGAGCUGGAGGAGGAGCACGACCUGGAGUCGGAUUCAGACUCGAUCUUGACUGUAUCGACGGGCAAAACGGCGACCACGCAGGAUGACGUACUCGAUGACGUUUUCGGGGCCAAGGAGACGGUCAAGCUGGUGCUCCUUUGCGUGGGCUAUCUGGACGUGAUCAAGUUGUUCGGCCACCGGCGCAGCAUGAUCUGCGAAGAGCUCUACCUCUAUCCCAUGCCGGAUGUGCCCAACGAGAUGCGCUCCACCGUCCACACCGAGUGGCACCUCUACACCCUGCUGCCCAUCGCCAAGAAGCUGACCUUCACCAACAUGGCGUUCGUGACCUUUGAGAGCAUCUACUGCCUAAAGGAUGAGUACGUGCUGGACCUGAAGACCUUGUGGGUGCGUGUGAGCUUCCGCUCCCGGCUGCCCGGCGACCGGAACGAUUACACCUUCAUUCCGCUCUGCGAGUUCGGAAACCUGGAGCGGAAGAUCAUCUGCCUGCAGGACAACCACCACGUGUUCGAGUCCUUCCGGCGCAGCGUGAGCCCCUGGAAUGUGACCGGACUGAAGUCGGCCAUGGAGGUUCAAAUGCACAGACUCUUCUCUGAGCUCUUUUACUCCGAGACCAUGACGCCGGACUUCGAGGAGAUCGACCCGGUCAUGGACGAGGCCCUCGUCUGCAACUCCUUUCACCGGUUUAUCCUGACUCAGAGUAUGGCCGACAUUCUGUCUUACGCCAUAACCUGCCAGCAGUACGUCCUCGUCGUGGAGGCCUUCCAAACGUUCGGGGCCGCCAAGCCGCAGAAGGUUUUCCAAGGGGUUCUGGACCCGUCCAUCAUGGCGUUUCCAGGGGUGCAGAAUAUGAGAUUCGCCGUCCAGCUGGACUACCUCGGAAAACUUAGGCCCAAGAAGAUGAUGAGCAUGAUGAACUUGAAGGCUGUGGAGCGUACGAAAACCCUACCCACAUUUGCCAUCAUCAAGUUGUGCCUCCUGGCUCCGAUUGGAGAGAUCUACAAGGAGCUGAAGGUGUUCCGCGACAGCUUCAUUCGGCAGAACCGGCUGCUCUUCUGCGAUCGUCCUUACGGUUCCAAAAAUGUGAUGACCCUGGGCGAAAUCCAAAUGGAAAGCUACGCUCGCUUCGACAAGUUCAUCCGGGACUGCAUAUCCUUCAUCAUCGACAAGAAGGUGAUGAAGCUGGAGGACAAGAAGCAGCACUUUUGCUGUGCCGUUCAAAACUUGACCAACAUCCUCAUGAAGGUGGUGGGCAGUGUCUACAACACGAGGUCUCUCACGCAUACCAGCGUCGAGUUUGCGAAUCUCUGUGCAUUUGCCUACAAUGAGUUGGAGCCCAGGGUCCACGUAGUGGUGGAGCAGAUCGAGAACGAGGGCUUUGAUAGUUACACGAUCAGUAAGCAGAUCCAGAUGGAGCGCAUCAUCGACUACUUGAACACCGUCAAGCUGCUCCUCAUGGUGAAUGAUGAAAACCUCGCUAACCUGUUGAUGGAAAAGGCCAUCACGGAGUAUCCAAGCAACGAGCGCUUUUGGUUCUACAUGGUGAUUGCCUACAUGGAACGUGGCGAUCUGGAAAAGGCGAGAGUGUACUUCAAAAAGAAUCACCUGGCGGACACCCACGACUAUUUUGCGGGCUGGAUUAAGUUGUACAUCAACUACGUGGACACGCGAAACAACCCGGAAACCGCGCCCGACUGCAUCGAGUGUCUCCUGAGGAGCAUCACCAACUACGCCGAGCGGUAUCCCCGCCAGCAGGACGCAUGGAUCCUGCUCUACUGCUAUUACAAGCGGUUCAACUACGAGCCGGGCUGCGCCUUUGCCCACUGGAGAUUCGAGGAUCACUAUGGGCACUGCCGGCUCAACUCCUCCUCCAAUGCCCCGCACAGCUUGUGGGGUCUCUAUGUGAACCUUAAAAUCACCAUACCGACGAGCCGGGGCAACAUGUUCCUGGAGGUCUUUAGAACCUUUGCGCGCCUGGGCCUCUAUGAGUUCGCCCAGGUGGUCUUUGCCGCCGUGGAGCAUCUGGCCGGCGAUGCGGAUCGCUAUAUGCUCCAGACGCAGAUGGACAUGAUGCUCAACCAACUGGACGAGGAAUUUGUGCCCCAGAGCUUUGAGUUCGAGGAGGGCGAGGAAGGUGAUUAUUUGGCCGCCAUGAAUGCCCAGAUCAAUGGCAAUGUGGAGUUCUAUCGGGGAAACCUGGAGGAGGCAGCCUUGUACUACGAGAGCGCCCUGACCUUGCCGCCUCCCGAGGAGAACCAGCGCGACUUCUUUGAGGUCAGCAGACUGCGCCUGGGUUACAUAUCCUACGAGCUGGGCAACUACAACAAGUGCAUCGAAGCACUGAACUUCCCAUUCGCUGGCCAACUACUCUCCAUUGUGGCCAACUAUAUGAUAGGCAAGUCCUACUACAAGCUGGACCAACUGGAGAUGGCUCUCGAGUCCUUCGUCAGUGCCACCCACCUGGACACCCAUGUGCCCAACGUUUGGGGCUUCCUGGCGCUCAUCAACCUGAGGCUGGGCGAGAACUACAAGGCCAUCGAGUGCUGGAAGUACGCCAAAAUAGAGCCCAACUAUGCCAUUGACGACAUGAUGAUCUAUGAGGAACUGGACGCCAUCGACUACGACUCCGUUGACCUGUACAUCGAUGCUCCCAAUCAAAUGGGCGACGACAUCUUCAGAGACUCGCAAUCGGACUCAUAACUUGUAUAUUUUGUGUGAACCCAUAAAGACCAACCUUCUGGCUGCUC